GCUCAAAAAAUUUCGACUCAGAUCUCCAGAUUGCAGCCCUUUAACCCAUUAACGCCCCUUUAAUCAAUGCUGCGCGUCAGCUGUUUUCUAGCAGUUGUGUCAGUGCAGCAAUGGUGUCGAUUCAAAUGGGUUCACUUCGUUUCCUCCUCUUUUUCGUGAUUUUGGCUCUGUACGGCAUUCAUGGGGGCCUCGCUGGCUACACUUACGCCACUAAGUGGCUCGAGGUGCCCGUGGACCACUUCGGUUUCGCCAACAAUGAUACUUUCAAGAUGAGAUACCUCAAGAACGACUCCUUCGCCUUCGAACCAGACACCGCUGCGAUCCUUUUCUACGCCGGCAAUGAAGGCGAUAUUGAGCUAUUCGCCCAGAACACGGGAUUCAUGUGGGACGCCGUCAUGGACCGGAGUAAUGGACUCAAUGCUGAGCUCAUAUUUGCCGAGCACAGAUAUUAUGGAAAAUCCCUACCGUAUGGCAACAAAUCCUACGAUUCUGCGAAGCAACUGGGUUACUUAUCGUCCGAACAGGCACUUGCGGACUUUGCUUCGCUCCUGCAGGAGAUCAACAAGGACAACAGGCGCCCAGUAAUCGCAAUUGGAGGCUCUUAUGGGGGAAUGUUGGCUGCGUGGUUCCGCAUGAAGUAUCCGCACAUGGUUUUGGGCGCAAUUGCAGCCUCAGCUCCGAUCCUGCAGUUCACUGACAUCACGCCUUGCGAAGUCUACAAUAGGAUUCUCACUUCCGUUUACGCCACGGCAUACAGCAAGGACUGCUCGGACAACAUCCGCAAGUCCUGGGCGGUGCUCAAGAGUCGCGCCGAGACGGAAGACGGUAGAGCUUUCCUCACUAGGAAAUUCAAUCUCUGCGCGAAUCUUACAAAGCAAGACGACAUCAAGGAUCUCAAGGAUUACCUUACGGAUAUGUACAGCAAUUUGGCAAUGGCAAACUAUCCUUAUCCGGCCAACUUCUUGGCUCCACUGCCCGCUUAUCCAGUGAGGGAGUUCUGCUGGCGUCUGAAGGGUGGCAAUUUAAACGACACUCAAUUGUUGGAGUAUCUGGCCAGUGCAGUGUCCGUGUAUGCGAACUACACAGGGAAAGUGCCCUGCUUGAAUGUUAAGCAAUCCACCACUAACUCUCUAGACACGCGCGGAUGGGAUUUCCAGUCCUGCACUGAGAUGGUAAUGCCCAUGUGCUCGAAUGGGAAGGACGACAUGUUCGAGCCCGAGAAAUGGGAUUACAAGAAGUUCUCCGACGACUGCUUUCAGCGACUUGGCGUGCGUCCUCGCAGUGAAAUCGAAAUGGUGACUCGCUAUGGUGGGAAUCAAAUUGAAACAGCCACGAACAUUGUGUUCAGCAACGGCUUGUUGGAUCCCUGGAGUGGUGCCGGAGUUCUGAGGACGCCCAACAGUCGCAUUAAGAUUGUCAUCAUCCCGGAAGGAGCGCAUCAUAUUGAUCUGCGAGCCAAGGAUCCCAAAGAUCCCCAAUCCGUGACUGUGGCUCGCCAGAUGCACCUCAGCACGAUCAAGGAGUGGAUAUCACAGAGAUACUCAGCCUAGAUGCUCUUGAUGCCACCGUAGAAAGCC